GAAUACAGAUACUAAGAUAUAAAAAAAAAACCACAAAACAAAACACUUAUCUAGGUAGCAUCAUCCUUGUGUCAUUUUUUUCAUACAAUUGGUUCAAGAAAAAUCACUAAGGGUAAAAAACGAAAAUGGAAGAGCUACGGAAACUGGAGAAAGUACAGAGGAUGGUUGAAUUCAUGGACUCGCGUGGCGUUUCAGUAUCAAACUCCGAUCACCACUGUAAUCGCUUCCUGGCUAAUUUCAUGCUCUUUUUGUUAGAACCAUGCGGAGAACUCGCCAUCGACGACAAGUGCUGCUUGAUUUCUGAGCUUAUACCUAGGCUUUCAUCUCCGUUUGUGGAGGAUGCGUAUCAACUCAUUGUCACACAACAAGAGAACAGUGGUUUUGAACCAAUUCUUGUUGGAAGUUCACUGCGAAGUUGCAGUCAGAUGAAAGAAAACAAUUUGUUGCAAAAUUGUAAUAAAAACAUAGCCAUGAUCGGGCUGGAUUCCAUGCAAAAGGCAAAUUCUACCCUUGAAGAUUUUUGCAGAUCAUAUUUUAUGUUUCAUGGAUUGGAUGUAAGCAGGCCGCAAUCAGUCUUCAAAUACUUACCUAUUCUUUCAUUCACUGAGAGCUAUAUUUACCAGCUGGAUAAAAUGAAUGAGAAUUUGCUGCAAACACCAAAAAGGAAAUAUGAGGAAGCAUCUCAAGAUUUGGUUUCUUGCUUCUCGACUGACCCAUUUGGACCACUUGUGACUAUUUUUGAGCAAAGGGGUCUUUUGACUGAAAGAAUAUCUGAAGAGCUCAAACAAGGGGAAGAGUACUGGGCUCUUGAAAGAAAGCUCUGUCAUGCACUGAUUAACGAAGAAGAGAUUCUUAUUGAUGAUGUGAUGAAGGCUAUUCAUUUAAAGUCGUUUGAUUAUCGAGUGCUUAAUCUUCUUCUCUAUCAACUGCAAGGAGCUAAGGCUGAGGAGUUGCAUAUGGAGUUUCUUUCAAUUUCAGAGUUCUUAGUGGAAGUUUCUGAUGAUCUGUACGACUAUGAGGAUGAUGUUUUAGAAAAUAAUUUCAAUGUUUUGCGCAUGUUUAUCAGAAUAUAUGGAGCUUCAACUGCCCCUGCUAUGUUGGCGAGGUGCAUUACUGAGGCUGAGAGCAAGUACACCAGUUUACUGGAAUUACUGGAUCCGAAGCUCUCUCUGAGCUAUCAGAAAAGAUGUGCAGAAGCCACUAAAGAAGGUGGGAAGGUAUCAGGCAACCCUCUUGGUACGUGGUGUAUUCCAACCGUGAUUCAAGAUGAGGAAUUGUAUAGAUCAAACUUGAAAUCAGAUACUUCAUAAGUAUAAACUUGUUCCGUGUCAGAGACUCACAGAUCAGUUGGAACCUAAUGGAGGAACGAGUUGCUUAGGAAUUUCCUGUAGAGGAACAAGAUGUAUUGACAUAGUAUGUAGCUGAAGAACUCUUGCAAAAUGGGCUGCAACGCUGUAUAAAUUUCAAGCACCAUAUCCGCUCAACUUCAAAACAUACAUUGCUGGCAGAUUGCAUUAUUAUUAGGCGUUGAGACGAUGAUUUUCCCAGAGCAUUUGUGUUCUCUAGCUUUGUAUUUUAAUUAUGAAAUGAAAGUACUGAUGGGGUUGGUUGUUUUA